AAAGAGCUGAGUGAUACGCUACCGCCAUUGUUUGGAGACCAGGAGUUCCACACAAGCAGGGAGGAGGAAGAAGAACCGAGUCACCAGCUGUCAAAAUUGCCUUUAGACAAUAGCAACGCCUACGCAAGAACCCAGCAGACUACAGGCACAGCACAGCAGCAGCAGCGGUUUGGCACAGGUACUCAACUGUGUAGUGGUGCCAGCCGGUGCUCGUUUACUAUGGAAAUAGCACGUUCACUCUUUGGUGUUCGUGCUCCAGAAGGUUACACUGAUGGUUCGACUCAUGUCCACGUUGACACAGCCGUAGACGAGGAUGAAAAUGAUGAGGUCUUUCUCCCUGAUGCACCAGAGGGACUGUCUACAGGUAUAAGCAUUGGAAGGUCGUGUGGAGGCUUAGGAGAACCAUGUGUGGGAGGUCCAUUUUCUGCCGUGACCCCUUCAAUGUGGCCACAAGAUAUUCUGACCAGGCUUUCACAACAGGAUCAGCACGAUGAUCCCAAUCACCAGCCAGAUUACAGGUUUGAUGAAUUUGGGUUUCGUGUGGAAGAAGAAGAUGGACCAGAACAAAGCAGCACAAAACUUCUAAGUCAGCCAUUUAUUGAAGAUCCACAGCACAGGUUGCAGUGGAUAGCUUACUUGGAAUUCAGCCACAGUGAUGAAGUAGGAGAAUUGACAUGGGAUCAUGUAGAUGUCCGCUUGCCAAGAACGGACAAGUUGAGAGGAAUGGUUCGGGCAGGAGUACCUCAUUCUCUUCGUCCGCAGCUGUGGAUGAGGCUGUCUGGUGCUCUUCAGAAACAGCAGCAGUCUGAUAUAUCAUACCGAGAAGUUGUAAAAGCAUCCAGCAAUGAUGCUCUGAUGACUAGCAAGCAGAUCGAAAAGGAUCUCCUCCGCACCAUGCCUACCAAUGCCUGCUUCUCUCAGCUUACAUCAACAGGCAUUCCACGUCUGAGACGUGUUCUCCGUUCGCUUGCCUGGCUCUAUCCUGAUAUUGGGUACUGCCAAGGGACAGGGAUGAUUGCUGCAUCUCUCCUACUUUUCUUAGAAGAAGAAGAGGCAUUCUGGGUUAUGUGUACAAUUGUAGAAGACCUCCUUCCUGCCUCCUACUACUCUUCCACACUCUUGGGUGUACAAGCUGACCAACGCGUUCUUGCUGCUUUGGUGGCUACUCAUUUACCAGGUGUUGAGUCAGUUGUUCGAGAACACGACAUAGAACUCUCCCUCAUCACUCUUCAUUGGUUUGUGACUGUUUUUGCUUCAGUGCUGCACAUGAAGAUUCUCCUUCGGGUGUGGGACUUGUUUUUCCUCGAUGGGUCAAUUGUUCUCUUCCAAGUAACUUUAGCAAUGCUUAAGAUCAAAGAGGCUGAGCUUCGUAGUUUGGAGAAUUCAGCGCAAAUAUUCAAUGCACUGUCCGACAUUCCUGGCGAUGUGGAUGAUGUGGAAUGCUUAUUCAGAGUGAUGGAGAGUGUUUGUGGUAGCUUGACAGACGUUAUGGUGGAGACCCAUCGCCGGAGACACCUAGCUUACUUGAUGGCUGACCAUGGCGCUCUGAUAAAUCCAGAUCACUCUACAAAUUUACCCAAGCAACAGCUGAACAGACGUCAAGUAACAAAGAACAAAUCCAUGUUAGAACUUAUUCUCUUUGGAGAGGAUGGCAGUGCAGACGACAUGCGGAACAAAAAUAUUCGGCAGACCGAGCUGUUGGUAGAUCUUCGAGAGGCUGUACUUCAGGUUGGAAGGCAUUUUCAGGGCGUUGAGCCGUCCUUUGGAUCUAUAACACUUGCGCCUGACUACUCUUUGGAAUCUCAUGCACAAGAUCUGCCGGAAUUCUUGGCAACUGCUAGGUCAAGACACAGGAGGGCAAAGGCUUUACUGGAUUUUGAACGACAUGACGACGAUGAACUGGGUUUUCGAAAAAAUGAUAUAAUUACGAUCGUAUCACAGCGUGAUGAGCACUGUUGGAUUGGUGAAUUGAAUGGCCUGAGAGGAUGGUUUCCAGCAAAGUUUGUAGAGAUGCUGGACGAACGAAGCAAAGAAUACAGCCGUGCUGGAGACGAUGCAAUCAACGCAAUUGUAACGGACCUUGUUCGUGGAACCCUCUGCCCAGCUAUCAAGGGGAUUCUCCUACAUGGAAUGCAUCGGACAUCACUCCUAGGCGGUCCUUGCCAUCCAUGGCUAUUCAUUGAGGAAGCAGCAGCUCGUGAAGUAGAACGCGACUUCUCAUCAGUGUAUUCACGGCUCGUUCUCUGCCGCACUUUUAGGUUGGACGAGGAUGGCAAAGUCCUCACGCCAGAAGAGCUCCUGUACCGAUGCGUUCAAUCAAUCAAUGUAAGCCACGAUGCAGUUCACGCCCAGAUGGACGUUAAACUUCGGUCGUUGAUUUGUCUUGGAUUAAAUGAACAGGUACUGCAUCUGUGGCUGGAAGUACUUUGUUCAAGCGCUGACAUAGUGGAACGCUGGUACCAACCUUGGUCAUUUCUCCGUUCGCCCGGAUGGGUCCAGAUAAAGUGUGAGCUUCGAGUUCUGGCACAAUUUCCCUUCACUCUGAAUCCUGACUGGGAGCUUCCUCCACCUCCUAAUCAAGACCAGAGACCACUAAGGGAAGGUGUUCGGGACAUGCUGGUUAAACACCACUUGUUUUCGUGGGAUCUGUAGCACACGACAAAUGCCGUAAUCAUAUGUAUUGUACCGCAGUACAGAUGUUCAUGAGAGCAAGUGGACCGAGAUGUGAAAUCCAUAUAUCAUGGCGACAGAGCCAAAACUUAUUUUGACAGUAUUUUUGUAGUAUCUAAUAUUUGUGAGUCAGUAUGAAGAUAUAUGCUUGCUUUUAGUUGAGAACAUCCAGGAAUGUAGAUUUCAUUUUGUCAACUUUGGAAAUAUUACUGAACUUCCAGUAUAAUAGCAAGAAUGUGGGGAUUUGUGUUUUUGACAAACACGUAGAGCUAAGCACAGUUCUUAAUGUUUUAUGCAAUUUGUUUUGCCACUUCUUAGACUUCAGUCUUAUUUAUUAAACUUGAGCUGGUUUUCUCAGACUUUUUUCCAGUUUUAUUCUGCACGUUAUGCUAUUUUUUAUAUUUGCCUAUUUAUUUUGUGAAAAACUGAAGCAAGAUUGCUUUGCCCUACAAAAAUGACUUCCAUAUUUAUUAAUUCUCUGACCUGUGACUUAACUUACUGUGCCUUUUUCUGAAUAUUUGCUAAUUUGCUUCAGUAAUUGAGUAUCAGUACAAUGUAAUUUAUUAUGUGAAAAUACAUUUGCUAAGUGAAUUCAAGAA